AUGUUGGCUGCGGCUGCCCCGGGCCUCCUGCGCCAGGAGCUGUCCUGCCCGCUGUGUCUGCAGUUGUUUGAGGCGCCGGUGACGGCCGAGUGCGGCCACAGCUUCUGCCGCGCCUGCCUGGGCCGCGCGGGAGGGGAGCCCGCGGCCGACGGCUCGGUGCCCUGCCCCAGCUGCCAGGCGCCCACGCGGCCGCAGGCGCUGAGCACCAACCAGCAGCUGGCGCGCCUGGUGGAGGGGCUGGCGCAGGUGCCGCAGGGCCUCUGCGAGGAGCACCGGGACCCGCUGAGCAUCUACUGCGAGCAGGACCGCGCGCUGGUGUGCGGCGUCUGCGCCUCGCUCGGGGCGCACCGCGGCCACCGCCUGCUGCCGGCCGCCGAGGCCCACACGCGCCUCAAGAGUCAGCUCCCUCAGCAGAAGCUGCAGCUGCAGGAGGCAUGCAUGCUCAAGGAGAAGAAUGUGUCCGUGAUGGAGCACCAGCUGGCAGAGGUGGAGGAAACAGUGCGUCAGUUUCGGAAGUCUGUUGGGGAACAGCUGGGCAAGAUGCGGGUGUUUCUGGCAGCCCUGGAGGAUUCUUUGAACCAUGAGGCAGAACAAGUUCGGGGAGAUGCUGUUGUGGCCUUGAAGAGGGAGCUGUCUGCCUUGAAGUCUUACCUGGAGCAGCUGCGGCAGAUGGAGAAGGUGCUGGAGGAGGUAGCUGACAAGCCACAGACAGAAUUCCUCAUGACUUACUGUUUGGUGACCAGCAGGCUGCAGAAGAUUCUGUCAGAGUCACCUCCACCUGCCCGUCUGGAUAUCCAGUUGCCUAUUAUCUCAGAUGACUUCAAAUUCCAGGUGUGGAAGAAGAUGUUCCGGGCUCUGAUGCCAGCCCUGGAGGAGCUGACUCUGGACCCCAGCUCUGCGCACCCCAGCCUGGUGGUGUCCCCGUCGGGCCGGCGCGUGCAGUGCGCGGAGCAGAAGGGGGCGGCGGCGGCGGCGCCCUCGCAGGGGCUGUGGCUGCUGGGGCUGCGCGACGGGAAGGUGCUGGAGGCGCACGUGGAGGCCAAGGAGCCGCGCGCGCUGCGCACCGAGGUGCGGCCGGCGCGCGUGGGGCUCUACCUCAGCUUCCCCGACGGCGUCCUCGCCUUCUACGACGCCAGCGACGCCGACGAUCUCCAGCCGCUCUUUGCCUUCCGGGAGCGCCUGCCCGGCCCCGUCUACCCCUUCUUCGACGUGUGCUGGCAUGACAAAGGGAAAAAUGCCCAGCCAUUGCUGCUGGUGGGGCCCGAGGGCCAGGAAGCAUGA